AUGGCUACGGCGGGCAAGCGGCGACUGGUGGUGCUGGGUACAGGAUGGGGAGGUUAUGCGUUUCUCAAGUCGCUUUCGCGCUCGACGCUUUCGCAGCUGGACGUCAAGGUGGUUUCGCCCACGACGUCGUUUUCCUUCACGCCACUGCUUGCCCAGGCGAGUUGUGGGACGCUCGACUUUCGCUCUGCGCUGGAGCCGAUCCAUUCUACACGGGGGAUUGCGUUUCACCAUGCAUGGUGUGAUGCACUGGACCUGUGUAAGCAGCGGAUCGAGGUGACGCCGGCGAGCAAGCCUGAAUUUCGACCUGCCGAUCCGCUCACCCCUACCAGCCCUACGAGAGCGCAAGAGAGGGCAAGGACGUACUCGAUAGGGUAUGAUUAUUUGGUGGUGGCGGUGGGAUCGUACAAUGCGACGUAUGGAACCGAGGGAGUCAAGGAGAAUGCCUUGUUCCUCAAGGACGUUAGUGAUGCACGUGCGAUUCGGUGGAAAAUCCUCAGCGCGUUUGAAGGCACCAAUGCCGCCUACCCGCAGCCUUUGUCCAAGGAGGAUGAGGAGCAAGUCAGGGCGAGGUUGGGAUUUGUAGUGGUGGGUGGUGGACCUACGGGUGCCGAGUUUGCAGCCGAACUGCACGACCUCAUUCGACAAGACCUCACCAAGAUCUACCCGCAUCUGGCGCGGUUGGCGAGCAUCAAGCUGCUCGAUGCAGGCAAGAGCAUCCUGAGCAGCUUCGACAAGGGGCUCGCCGAGUAUGCCAUGCAAAAGUUCGCGCGCGAUGGGAUCGAGGUCGUGCUGAAUGCACGCAUCAACAGCGUUACCGACCAAGGCGUUUGGGUUCAAAAUCCGCAUGGUGGGGCAGAGCUCAUGCGUGCAGGUAUGGUUGUAUGGUCGACGGGCAUCACGGCUGCUCCGAUUGUAAAAGCUCUAAGGGGCGUGGCAAAGGAAGACCGCUCGCACAAGUGGCUCACUGAUGCCAAGCUCAACCUUCUCGUCCACAAACCCGCCCGGGACAAAGGCGAGAUCAGGGGAAACAUUCACCACCCCGCCCCGGACAAGCAAGAGGGGGAUGUGGUGCCAAUGACCAAUGUUUGGGCGAUUGGAGACUGCAGCUCCCAAGCCACGCCGCUACCCGCAACAGCGCAGGUGGCCAAUCAAAAGGGCUCCUACCUGGCAGCCGUCUUCAACGCGAGCCCGACCCAUCCGAGCGCACAAGAGCCGUUCAAGUUCAAGGACAAGGGUAGCAUGGCGAGCAUCGGCAGCAACGAGGCCUUGAUCGACUCGCCCGUCGGCAAGGAUAAGGGUGCCCUGGCAUGGUUGCUGUGGAGAAGCGCUUAUACGAUCAUGGCCAUGAGCUGGAGGAACAGGUUUCUGGUUCCUGCCAACUGGGCCAGCAAUCUGUUGUUUGGCCGCGACGUGGGCCGGUUCUAG